AUGGAUUCCCUAAAAAAGAUAGCACUUGGUCUCCGAGAUCGUGUCACAAAAACCCCACUAGAACGCAUGAUUGCUGAAGUAUGCAGUGAUGAAAACUACGGAACAUCGAAUACCCUUCUUCACGAAAUAGCAGAAAAAACAUACAACCCUGAAGAAAGGACCGUAAUCAUGAGAUGUACGUGGGAAUAUCUCAGAUCGCCUCCAAAAGAGUGGAGAAGGAUAUAUAAAGCUUUGAAUUUAAUAGAACAUUUGUUGAAAUUCGGCUCAAACUCCUGCAUGAACGAAAUCAGAGAUGAAGGGUUCAAAAUUAGGCUGCUCCAAGAUUUUUCGUAUAGAGAUGGAGGAGAAGAACGUGGCAGCGGCGUAAGAGACAAAAGUAUAGCUUAAUCUUGAUCUUAAGCUUAAUUAUACUGAUAAAAAGUCAAUGGAAUUCCAGAAGCACUACCUCUACCCCUAGCUCUCACCACUUUCUUGCUAGUUCACGUUCACCACAUCACGAAGGUUACUUCAGCGUACGAGGGCCUACACUCGCUAUAGAAAUUUCCCGAUGAUGGCGCUUAAUGCGCCAUCAUCGGGCAAUCAGUAUACCUAAUAUUUGGAUAAGUCGUAUCACCAUGCCGCGUGUCAGCAAAGGCUACCUGCCAUUGUAAAUUCCAAUUGGUGAAUUUUUCUGGCCAAAAUGGACAUACGAAGUCCAGGGUGUAAUUCCUUUUUUCAAAUUGCACUGAUUGAUCAAGAAACUCGUUUUGACACUUCUGAGAUAUCCCUUUCUAAUUUUCGGCUGAGGGGAACCCCUGAAUUGGAGUAAGCAUUCGGUCGACUAGCCCUACAUUGCACUUCGCCAAAACAGGUAACGCCAGACCAGAUACACUUUUCCAAACGCCAUCCUCCAGGUCCCCUGUCCAAGCUAGGAGUUAAGAGGUUGGUAUUGCUCGCCAUCAUUUUAAUCUAUACAAAAGUAUAGUAUUUAAAUGUUAUUUCUAAAAAAACUAAUAAGCAAGUACCAUUAUUUAUCAUAAAAUUAUUUAAUAUUGAUAUAAAUGCUAUGAUAAAUAUUGCAAAGCAGAAUAAAUAUAUCAACCAAUUAAUUGCAGAUCACAAGUAUCUAGACGAAGAAAGGGAAAAAGCCAAAAAGCUCAGGGACAAAUUUUCAGGUAUGUCAAGUGAUUCAGGCAGAUAUGGGAAUUAUUCAGACAGUAAUAGAAGAUAUGAGGAUGACUAUUAUGGGAGAGGAGGGUCUUAUGAUCCUUACCCAGAAAAGAGAAGAGAUAUACAAGAACAGCAGCAACAAGACUAUGGAGGACAGUCAAAUAGUAAUUUAGGAGAGCAUAUAGAAGAGCCAGUGCCUGUCAUCAAUGAGCAGCCUAAAAUUGAUAUUUUUUCUGCACCUGCAGUAAAACCGGUUAUUAAUAAUAGAAUGCCACCACCAGCCAAAAUUAAUCCACCACCAGGUGGAAAUUUGUUUGCUACUGUUACAUAAUAAUAAAAUGGCGAUGUAAUGAAAUGGUUUACUCAGUAAACCUUUCCUCUUCCGCGAAUUUUAUUAUUAUAGGGUUCGGUUUAUCUGGUGCACCUUUAUCAGCAAUGCCAAAUAUGGUUUAUCGCAUAAGUUUGGCCCAGGAUAUUAGGAAGUAUAGAAGUUUUACCGCUUGACACACCUAAGGAGGGUGACCCUUAGGCUGAACCUGUGCAGAAGUCAAGUCUGGAGCGAGGUCAACGCAAUUAGUGAAAGCUUUCUGGCCCUAUGGUGGGUCUUCUGGAUGCUUGCUGGGCAAAAUGGCUGUCGGUGUCAUCUAUUAGGAGUUAAAAGGGAGGUUUGAUAUUACUCCCUGGAAGAGACCCUUUCUAAAUCUGAACAAUAUAAUAAUGUUUGCAACUGUUACAGUUAAAAAUACAGCAAUUCCAGAGCCUGCUUGGAAUCAGCCUGUACAGAGACCAGCAGAUAUUUGGAGUCAGCCUGCAGUACAAAAAGCCCCUGAGCCUUUUAAUCCGUUUCCUCCACAGCCGCCUCAGGCAAGCUUAGAAGCCUUAUGGAACCAGCCUCCACGUCAAGAGCCAAAACCUACGCAAUCUUCGGACCUAUGGGGGCAGACACCAGUUUAUUCUAAGCCUCCUCCUACCAAUAUUCCUCCAUCAAAUCCUCCUUCAUAUACAAAUAUUCCUCCAUCAAAUCCUCCUACAUAUACAAAUAUUCCUCCAUCAAAUCCUCCUACAUAUACUAAUAUUACUCCAUCAAAUCCUCCUACAUAUACAAAUAUUCCUCCAUCAAAUCCUCCAUAUUCUAAUACCCUUUCCUCAUUUCCAAAUAACCCUACUUAUUCAAGACCAGCUGAAACAAACCCAAGAGUCCCUCCAAGUCAUAUGGAAAAUGUAUGGGCUGGGGUUUCUGUUCCUACUAAUCAGCCUGCAAAAACAAAUCCUGCCUGGCAAAAUAAUGCAUGGGGAACCCCUACAAUUCCAGCUGAUGUUUGGACAAACCAAACUGAUGUUCAGCACCAAGGAGGACAAGGGCAAAGCCAAACCCCUAGCAUGAAAAUAAAUUUGAAUUUGCAAGAAGGCCAAGGACCUACUAUGUCUCAGCUAAAAGCGAACCCAAGAUCUGCUAUGGAUUUCACCACUUUCCAAUCAGCGCCUGUUGAGCCAGCCCGUCCAGUCGAUCUUGAGGCAAAAUUAAUGAAUCUUGACAAUCUUGAGCUUGGCCAGCCUGCUUUUUCCGAUCCAUAUCCAAAAUAUAAUUAUAGAGGAGGUAGAUACUAA